ACGUUGGCGUCUCGACGCAAACGCAAAACCAGUGCGCACUGCGCAUGCGUGUUGCAGUGACGAAAAUUUUGCAGUUUCAGAACCAGAAAUCGGUGGUUUUUUAUGUUUUCUACUAGAAAUUGUUACGUAUUUUCUUGUUAUUUUCUCAACCCCGACACUUCCGAGUCCAUAUCACUCUACAAAUACAGGCCAAGAUGCUCUGCUUCGUGACGUUUUCAAGUUUAUUCCACUUGAAAUGAAUGAGCUGUGAUCAACAAUGAUGGAGUUUGCACAACCGCCCCCCAACAUGGCCAUGCCUCCUCCGGGCAUGGGGCAGCAGGGCAUGAACAUGCCACCACCUAGCAUGGGCGGACCUGGAGGGUACCAACACAACAAGCCUCCGUUUCGCCCCUUCAUGAACAUGCAAAGGCCGCUACCUGGGCCCCUGGGCAACAUGACCCUCGAAGACUUCGACGGGAAGCGGCUGAGGAAGUCGGUAAUGAGGAAAACUGUAGACUACAAUUCUUCAAUUAUAAAGGAAUUACAAUCAAGAGUGUGGCAGAGGGAUUACAGGGACAGGAGAGCCUUGCAACCUGAUGUGAUGUAUUACCCAGACAUGAUGCCUCCUCCGAGUUACCAAGAUAACCCCAUUAACUGUGUCACCACUAGGUUUGUUAAAACUGCAACAAAUAAGAUGAGAUGUCCCAUUUUUUGUAUGGCAUGGACGCCAGAAGGACGGAGACUUGUCACAGGCGCCAGCUCUGGGGAGUUUACACUCUGGAAUGGCCUCACCUUCAAUUUCGAAACUAUCUUACAAGCUCAUGACAGCCCCGUAAGAACGAUGGUCUGGAGCCACAACGAUAGUUGGAUGGUGACAGGCGACCAUGCGGGUUAUGUGAAAUAUUGGCAGUCAAAUAUGAACAAUGUGAAGAUGUUCCAGGCCCAUAAAGAAGCUCUUAGAGGCAUAAGCUUCAGCCCCUCGGAUACCAAGUUUGUAACGUGCUCAGACGAUGGUACUCUGCGAAUUUGGGACUUUUUCCGAUACCAAGAGGAGCGGAUUCUGCGAGGUCACGGGGCUGAUGUAAAGUGCGUGCACUGGCACCCCCAAAAGGGGCUUAUCGUUUCCGGUAGCAAAGACAAUCAGCAGCCGAUUAAGCUCUGGGACCCCAAAACCGGACAGUCUUUAGCUACUUUGCAUGCGCACAAAUCGACCGUCAUGGACUUGAAGUGGAACGAGAAUGGCAAUUGGCUGAUAACGGCCUCACGUGACCACCUUUUAAAACUGUUCGAUUUGAGGAACCUCAACCAGGAGGUGCAGACCUUCCGUGGACACAAGAAGGAGGCUUCCAGCGUCGCCUGGCACCCCAUCCAUGAGGGGUUGUUUUCGAGUGGUGGGUCCGAUGGGUCCAUCAUGUUCUGGCACGUUGGAGCUGAUAAGGAAGUCGGGGCUAUAGAACAAGCCCAUGAUAGUAUAGUCUGGACGCUAGCGUGGCACCCAUUGGGUCAUAUCCUAUGUUCGGGAUCAAAUGACCACACCAGUAAAUUCUGGACCAGGAACCGACCCGGAGACCAAAUGAGGGAUAAAUACAACUUGAACACUCUUCCGGCCGGUAUUGCAGGUCUUGAAGAUUUGGAUAUGGGUGAAGAACCGUCAAUUAUUCCGGGAAUGGGUCCUGACGAUAAGGUCGAGUUAACUUCGCUUUCGUCCGAUGGUAACACUGCCAUUCCUGGACUAGAUCUCGACUUGUUAACUACGACGAAUGAAGAGAAAACCAAAAUUAAAAAAGUGCCGUUUAGUAAACCAAUUCCUAGGAAUUUCCAAGCGCAAUGGAACGAAACUUAUGAAGACGCAGCCGGGACGAUAAACGAAGUGAUUAGUCAAAUUGUCGAAAAUACGCCAGGUGUUGUUCCCCUGCAGAAAAUUGCCCCAAGUGCGAUUAUUAUUUACGGAAAACUUAUCCCAGUUGAACCCGGAUCGAAACUGGAGCAAGUGAUAGCCGAAGGCCCCGAAGCCCUUCAAAAGUACAUCGAUUCGGGUGAGAUCGAGGAGCUGCACGACGUGAUGCCGAUCGGCGACGACGAGGACUACCUCAACGACUACGAUAGCAACACCGACUCGCCUGGAGGUACUACAACAAACAUUCCCAGCCUCAUGCAAACACCAGCAGCUCCACCAAUCACCCAAGACACAAACCUAACCCGCGCUCUUGAUUCAGACAUGCGUAGUGUGGACCAAGACAUGAGAUCGUUCUCUUCAUAUGGCCGUGAUAACGACAUGCGCGAUCCCGAUUACAGAAGUGUGGUCAACCGGGAGCUGAAUUUCCAGCCACCGCCACGUGACUAUGACAUAGGGGAUGAGGAUUACCGACAACCAUUUCGGAACGACCCGGAUUUCAGACACUAUGACGACGAGGAGGGCUAUGAUGAGUAUUAUGAUGAGGCGAGGAACUGGCCACGCAGUAACGGGAAUUACGGCCAGUUUGGGGGAAGGAACCAGAACUUCGGGGGGAAUCACCCGAACUUCCGCGGGCAGUUUGAGGGCUGGAGCGGGCAUAGUGAUUUCAGGGGGCGGGGGGCGAAGCGCGGCGCGAGGGGGCAGCGCAAUCCGAGGAGCAGGCCAAGGGGUGGUUCGAGAGGAAACUCAAGGGGUGGGGCUCCGAACAGGGGACAGUCGUCGUCCAGAGGGCGCUUUUAAACGUAGUCAUAUUGAUUACGAGUGCGUGUUAGUUAUUACAUACCGUUUAUUUUUUCUGGAAAAACUAAGACGCUAUUGCCUCUGUGGUUUAUUUUCAGAGAUUUCUUGGUUAUUUUACAGUAAAAUAUAACAGUAUCAAAGUUACACCAUACAUUGUCAAGAACAAGAUAUUGUCUUCUUUUUCAGAAAUAAACAUUACGUUGAUUGUC